AAUUUCUAACACUUGAUAAGUUUAAUUCCUAUUGUAUAAAAGCCUAGUUUUUUAAACUCUUAACCAUUCUCAAGUUCAACCUGAAGAAUAAACAAUCCAAAAUGGUAUUCAAAGCAGUACUUUUCGUCUGCGCUCAGGCGCUUAUGCUGCAGUCCAUCUCCGGACAGUGCAUCGGCGCCGGCUGGGGAGCUGCGCCUUACGCCGGCACUUGGGCAGGCGCUCCCUUCGGUUCUGCCGGUUUCUGCGGCGCUGAGCUGAUCGCCACUCCCGCUUUCUCCGGCGGCGCUCUCCCAGUCGCCAGCGCCUCCGCUAUCCCACCGAACGGAGUUUCCGUGCUGUCAGAGAAUGCUUAUUGCGGAGAGCUCGCCGUCCGCGGCGCUCUGCCUUUCUUGGGAACUGUGGGCCUAGAGGGCGCCCUGCCAACUGCUGGUGCUGGUGCGGUCGCGUAUGGUUGCGGCAACGGAGAAGUCGCUAUGUUGAGCGAAGACAUUGGUGCUGCUGGUUUCGCCGGUGCCGGUAUCGGCCCCUUCGGUUACGGUAACGGCUACGGAUACGGCUACAAUGGUCUGGCCGGAACCACCAUCGACCGCGUGGGAUGCGGGUGCGGACGUGCCGGCUUCUACUAAGAAGGGCGAAGAUGAUGUUCGUAAAAAACUGGAUAAUAAAUUGUGUAUUAUCAUUUGAA